ACAGACUCAUGCCCUUAGAAACCAGAGCUGCCUUCCUGGCUUCUCAUGACUCGCCUGCAAAGCCAGCCUCCUGCUGCUGCUCGACUUAAACCGCGUGGAGGCCGACGGGAGGCGAUCGUUCCGCUUGCCCUUUUAUCUCAUCUUCGCUUUCUUUUGUGACUAACGUGGAGGAGAUAUGAGGCUGUCAAAGUUUGACACGCUGCUGGUUUGGAUCCUCUGCGCAAUGGCUGGUCGGGCGUGGUGCUCGGAGGACGAGACGCGUCUGGUGAAUCAUUUGUUCAACGGAUACAACAAGGUGGUGCGCCCAGUCAACCAUUUCAGCGAAGCGGUGGUGGUCACCGUGGGACUGCAACUCAUUCAGCUCAUCGAAGUGGAUGAAGUCAACCAGAUUGUGACCAGUAAUGUUCGUCUCAGACAACAAUGGACGGACGUGAACCUGAAAUGGAACCCAGACGAAUACGGUGGCAUCAGAAAGAUCCGAAUCCCUUCCAUGGAUAUUUGGAAGCCUGACUUGGUGCUUUACAACAAUGCCGACGGCGAUUUCGCUAUCAUCCACGAGACCAAAGUGCUGCUGGAGUACACUGGCCAGAUCACGUGGAACCCGCCCGCAAUCUUCAAGAGCUACUGCGAGAUUAUCGUCCUCCAUUUUCCCUUCGACCUGCAGAACUGCAGCAUGAAGCUCGGCACGUGGACGUACGACGGCCUGCUAGUUGUCAUCAAUCCGGACAGCGAUCGUCCGGACCUGAGUAACUUCAUGGAGUCCGGAGAGUGGGUUCUGAAGGACUACCGGAGCUGGAAGCACUGGGUCUACUACACGUGCUGUCCCGACAAGCCCUACCUGGACAUUACUUACCACUUCCUGAUGCUGCGACUGCCGCUCUACUACAUCGUCAACGUCAUCAUACCCUGUAUGCUCUUCUCAUUCCUCACCGGCCUCGUCUUCUAUCUGCCCACGGACUCCGGCGAGAAGAUGACGCUGUCCAUCUCCGUUUUGCUGUCUCUCACUGUGUUCCUGCUUGUCAUCGUGGAGCUCAUUCCGUCCACGUCCAGCGCGGUGCCGCUCAUCGGGAAGUACAUGCUGUUCACCAUGGUUUUCGUCAUCGCCUCCAUCAUCAUCACCGUCAUCGUCAUCAACACGCACCACCGCUCGCCCAGCACGCACACCAUGCCGGCUUGGAUACGCAAGGUAUUCAUCGAAACAAUCCCCAACAUGAUGUUCUUCUCCACCAUGAAGCGUCCUAGCCAGGAGAUUCGGCAGAAGCGAUUGUUUCCCACAGACAUGGACAUCUCCGAUAUCUCAGGUAACCCCACGCCCACCAGCGUCCCCUACCAGUCACCCAUCAUCAAGAACCCUGACGUCCGGAGUGCCAUCGAAGGUGUCAAAUACAUCGCAGAGACCAUGAAGUCGGACGAGGAAUCCAACAAUGCGGCUGAGGAGUGGAAGUUUGUGGCGAUGGUUUUGGAUCACAUCCUCCUGUGCAUCUUCAUGGCAGUGUGCAUCAUCGGCACGCUUGCCGUAUUCGCCGGCCGACUCGUUGAGCUCAACACGCUGUAA